GCGAUCACCAACCCACCCACCAUCUCCGUAGUGCAUCGACCGAUAAGGUCCUCGCGUAAUAUCUUUUUUUUAUUGUGAGAUGUAAUUUUAUGUUUGCGAGUGAUUUGAAUAUUGUUUCUUGACUUAUGUACGGAGGUAUUUAAUCCAUUAUCGACGGCCUCAUAUUCGGUUGAAAUUGGCAUAGGUGCCUUAAAAAAAGAAUUAAAAAUUUAAGGUACGUAGUGGCAGGUAAUUAAGUCAAGUUUAAGGCUAGGCUAGAGCCCGAUUAGUUGGGCUAACGACGGCAUGUAAUUGCUUGGAUUAGAAGUGAUGACUCAUUACAAGAUCUAGAUUAAUCGGUUGUUGAAUUCGAGUACUAGUAAAACGAGGAAGCGGGAGGGUCGAUAUAUUGUUAGGUUUGUAAUUGCAAACUUUGCUUUACAAGGCAUGGAUCGACGGUCCGUUCUAGGUCGAUUUCUUACCCCAUCCUUUCAUAUAUCUCCUAUUUUGGUUUCUCUUCGACUGGUUAGAUUUGAUCUUUCAAUUAAAUAGAAUUAAUUACCCAUUAUAUCAUCAUUAUUAUUCAUUCAUAAAGUCUUUUCGCUUUCAUUUUAUCAUAAAAAGCAAAAUUUUAUAUGUAUUUUUAUCAAAUAGAAUAUAAGAGUGGAUCGCCUUGAGGUACCCGUCCCGACCCAUUGCCAUCACUAGAUCCAAACGAUCGGGCUUUCGAUUAACGAAAAAACGAGCCCAUUCAACAUCCCACACAUAGAUAUGUUGCCUACUUGUAGUCCCACCCAAAAUCACUUGGGCCUUAGAGCCCGUUGAAAAAAGUACCCAAUGGAGAAAUGCGCCGUGAACAAAAAUAAAAAUAAAAAUAAAAGAAAUGGAUAAAGCUUGUCCUAUCUGGACCCCACACUUCCAGAGUGGCGAACCCACGUGGCGGAAGGGAAGAGGAGGACACAACUGUUAGCUUGCUCCGCAAUGCAUUGAAUCCCAGCCGUCCAAAGCAGCCGAUCGGUUGUGCUUCCCAUCCAUCCUGACCCUACAUCCAGAUUCUGGGGCCCACAACUGGCGAUUCGAGCGCAGGAUAGCAAAACCCUCUCCCGCGGGGUACAGUGCGCACUCCCUCUGCCGCGCACAACGGUUCCCUUUCUGUUUUCUGCUUACUUUCCUUCUUCAGUGAGACAACAAUUUGUCAGUUUCCCUUCCCUCUUCCCCUCUCUGCCUCUCCAACUUCCCCCCUCUUUUGAUCAUCUUCUCACCUUUUCCUCUGAAACCCUAGGCAUUUCCUUCUCCUUCCACACACCGUCGGAAAAGCAAGCGUCGCCGGUGAUCCAUCCCGCCGCUCGCCGGCUCUUCACCUUCCGUAGGUACAUUUCUCGGAGAACUUGCUUUAUUGUGAUCACUGCUCAGUGUACUCUGUUGAUCGUGCUCUCUUCGAGUUUUCAUGGCGGCGUCCGAAACAUCUUUAUUUUUAGUUCUUCGCUUCUCACUUCUGCUCAGCUGGUUCCAGCUCUCACAGCAGAAGCAAGAUUCGAGUUUUGCUUUGCCUCUCUGCUUCGUUUUUGUUGUUGUUGUGAGUUAGUGUACUUCGUCCGGGGAAUUAGGUUAUUACAAUUUGUGAUUUCGUUUAGUCUUCCUGAUUUCUUCUAUAGUUCUUCUUCGCGAAGUAGCGUGGCAAAGAAGUAAGCGGGACUAGAUAAGAGGUUUUUUUUUCUUCUGAUUUCAGAAAGACUAGUGGGAAAGAAAGCUUGAGACCGCAAAGUUUGAAGCCUGUUUCUGUUUUCUCCCUUUCAGUUUGUUUGCAAGGGAGGGAGGAUGCUGAAGAAGACUGUUAAGAGGAAGCUGGACCUGGACGGGAAGAACGGUGGUGGGGUCAACUUAGACCGGGUGUACAAAUUCAAGAUCUUACUCCCAAAUGGGGUGACGGUCGGACUAAGAUUGAGUAACCCUGAACUUGAGAUGUCACUCCAGACUUUCAUUCAGAAGGUGAGGGAGGAGUAUGCCAUUGUGAGGAGGCAAUCAGGGGUUACACCUCAACGGGGUGUGAUUUGGACCUCUGAAUCUUUGUAUCUAGUGGAUGCCCAUGAUCGUAAAGUAAGACAGAAGAUCAUGUUUGAGAAUUACAAGCCCUACAAGUGCCAUGUUCUACGUCUUCACGAUGGAGGCCUGAGGAUCAGUCGGACUUUUGAGAAUAUGUGGGAUCUCACGCCGGACACAGACUUGCUGAAGGAGUUACCAGAGGCAUAUUCUUUUGAGUCUGCUCUUGCGGAUUUGAUUGAUAAUUCUUUACAAGCGGUUUGGACCAACGGUAAAAAUGACCGGAGAUUGAUUCGAGUGGAUGUAAAGGAAGAUAGGGUUUCUAUCUUUGAUACUGGUCCUGGAAUGGACAGUAGUGAGGAAAAUUCUAUUUCAAAAUGGGGGAAGAUGGGGGCGUCCCUCCAUAGGUCGUCCAAGGCACAGGCAAUAGGGGGCGAACCGCCAUACUUGAUGCCCUUUUUUGGCAUGUUUGGAUUUGGAGGGCCCAUUGCGUCCAUGCAUAUGGGAAGGCGAGCUUUGGUAUCCUCCAAGACCAAAACAUCAAGUAAAGUUUACACAUUGCAUUUAGAGAGAGAAGCUUUGCUUAAGAAAUCUAAUUCCGAACAGUCUUGGAAGACUCCUGGCGGCUUGAGGGAUCCCUUAGAGGAGGAAGAUAAAGAAUCGCCUCAUGGAAGCUUCACAAAGGUCGAGAUUUUUGAGCUUAAACUUAAAAGCUUGGAUGUAUUUCAACUCCAGUGCAAACUGAAGGACAUUUAUUUCCCUUAUGUCCAGUGUGAUGAAAUGUCUGGGAAGACGACAAGACCAAUUGAAUUUCUGGUUGAUGGUAUUGACUUAGCUGAGAUAACCGGUGGGGAGGUGGCAGUUACCAACUUCAAUUCUUGCAAUGGGCCUAAUUUUGUCUUCCAGCUUAAGUUUUCUUCUGGGCAGGAUCAUAGCCCCAUAGGUUCGCCUCAUCAAGAAGCUAAUGCACGCUUGAAGUGUGUUUAUUUUCCUAUAUUGGAGGGUAAAGAGACUAUUAAUAGGAUCUUGGAGACCCUGGAUCAGGAAGGGUGUGGAGUUAAUGAAAAUUUCGAAACGUUCAGUCGUGUAUCUAUUCGUCGCCUGGGUCGUCUACUUCCCGAUGCUCGCUGGGGUGCUCUUCCAUUUAUGGAUUUUCGGCUGAAAAGGGGAGCAAGAGCAGAUUUGCUGAAGAAAUGUUGCUCAAGAAUUAAAUGUUUCGUUGAAACUGAUGCUGGUUUCAGUCCAACACCUUCAAAGACUGAUCUAGCGCAUCACAACAGAUUUACAACUGCUUUGAAAUGCUUCGGGGGCAGGACUUCGGACAAGCAAGAUAUCAACAUUGAAAUCUUUCGAGAUUCUAAAAAAUGCACUGUUUCACAACUGGAGAGGCAGUAUGAAGAAUGGAUUUUUAAGAUGCACGAACUUUAUGAUAAAGAGAUUGGAUCUGGUGAAGAUGAACCAAUCAUGAUCGUCUCCCCAACAAAUAAAAAUCAACUUUGCAUCUCAUCCGAUGUCUUCAGGGUGCACGAAGUUUUGCACAGAAAAGGAGCAUUGUGGAGGAGAGGCCAGCAGAUCAAAAUCUUGAAGGGAGCAGCUGUUGGAUUCCAUAAAAGCAACGUAUAUGCAACAAUUGAAUACUUUGUGAUUGAAGGAUUGCAUGGGGAUGCUGGUGGAGACGCUCGAUUUAUAUGCAGGCCACUGCACAUUGCAGAAGAGAAGGGUGCUCGCGUUACCAUGGAAAAUGAAAACUCUACUCUAGAAAUUCGUGAUUCUCAUUCGGUACCUAUUAGUGUUAUUGACUCUGGAAAGUGUCUAGCUGUUGAAGCUGUGGAGUGGGCCAACCAACUUCAGAAGCAACGCCUGAAAGCUCCAUCAACUAUUAAUUUGCUAUAUCUAGAGCAUUGUAAACUGUUGGACAUACACGAGGAAUUGCCUGCUAAUGGUACUGUCCGUGCUGGAAAAGCUCCUCCAAGGGAACUCGUGGCAGUUGCUCGGCCAGCAAAUUUUGAGUCAGCCCAAACUUCUGGAACUUUGGACCAGAAGUUUAUAGUCCAAACUUCUGCUCAAAUGAUUAUGGUCGUUAAGUUCAGCAGCAAUAGGAAGGAACGAGGAACUCAACAUAUAUACUCGUCUCGUGUGUCUCCAACAUCUCGUAAAGGAUUAAGCGGUUUAUAUAUCUUUCAACUGACAGACAAGUGUCAAGAUUUAUUUCAAAGAGCUGGCAUGUACACCUUUUCAUUCUCCCUAACUGACUCCAGUUGCAAGAGUUGUGAUAAAAAGGUUUGCUUAUGGUUGUACCAAAUUUGGCGUGCUCAGACUGACUCCAGUUGCAAGAGUUGUGAUAAAAAGGUGGCUGUUUCCCCAGGACCUCUUAAGCUUAUUAAGGCACAUCAUAUUUCUGAUAAAGAAGGCUUGCUACCCGGUUCUAUACUGAAGAACUUGUCAUUGGAGAUGUUUGAUGAAUAUCGUAAUCAUGUGCCGAAGGGGUCAGAAGUUAAGCUGAGUGUUGACGGACUUGAGAUUAUUGAUACAGAAGGUUCAAAUCGCAAGGUGAACAAUGAUGGAUUUAUUGACCUUGGUGGCGUUCUGAAAGUAAAUGCUGGUUUUGGGCAAACCGCCUCCAUUUAUGUUUCACGUCAUGGCAAUGACAAAGUUCUGUUCCAGAAACAGUUUCAAAUUGACCAGAGGAUGCUACAAACCGUGUCAGAGGUGCCGAAGUUCUGCACUGCUGGGUCUCAGCUUGAAAACUUAGCCUUUAGAGUCGUGGAUUCUGGCGGUGAGGUUGACACGAGGAUCCAUGACGCUGGGAGCUGUCAAUCUCUCGUCCUAAAAGUAAAAUCUAUUGAAUCAAACGUUGAGGAUUCUGUUCCAUAUGCAUUCAGCCAUGGAUGCUGCACUGUACCGAGUAUUCAAAUCCCUCCAGUGGAAGGGAGCUUAUGCAUCACAGCAUUUCACUCUCUCUGCUCGCAACUACAGUGCAACAUUGUGGUCAGUGUCAUGAAGGCUCCAAAAGUAGAAUGCACAAAGAUCCAAACUCCAUCUCCAUCUUCAGAUGGAAAGCGUCUUGUCGUCCAGGACUGCUCACCUCAUAUGAGUGCAGAAAAUAUAACGCCAUUAAGUGCAAUUGGUGAGGAGACAUUGCUAGCUCCAGAUGUUGAAUGCCAGAAGAUCCAAACUCCGUCUCCAUCUUCAAAAGGGAAGUGUAUGUUGGUUCAGGACUGCUCCCCUCAUGGAAGUGCAGAAAAUUUAAUGCCGCUAUGUACAAUUGAUGAGAUGAUGCAUGGUAUUUUUAAGCAUGGCAAGAGGAUCGGAGACUUGGAGAAUGCGCUGAAAGAAUUACUGGUGGAGAAGGAAGAAAUUGAGCUAAACUUAUCUCAGCUCCAAGAUUCUGCCAGAAGUCACUCCUUAAGCAUCGUGGACUGUCUGCCAACUAAGGAGCAGAUCGAGGAAAGAAUUGAGAGGAGUAGUUCAGCUUCCGCAAUUGUCAAUCAUUUAUCAAGAGAUCAUACGAGUGGAAUACCAGACCCACAUUUCAGCGGUAUAAUUGGUCUAGUUGCGAAGCUCGGGACAGUAAGCACAAGCAAACUAAGCAGGUUAUUAAGCGAGUAUCUGGGCGAAGAUCAGAUGCUUGCUGUGGUCUGUACAUCCUUUAAAGAAGCAGCAGGUUCCCUGGAGAAAUAUAGAGAGAAUGGGGAAAUUGAUUGCGAGUUCGGUGUCCAUGCACAAGCAGCUGCCCUUGGAAGAUCUAUAAUUGGCCGAUUUCAAGUUAUAUCUCUUGAAGAUUUGUUGCCCUACAAAGGGAAUCUUGAAGCAAAUUGCCCCCAAAGGAAGCUGGCACUUCCCCCUCUGGAAUUACCAAAUGGGAAGACACCACCUGGUUUCUUGGGCUAUGCGGUCAACAUGGUCGAAAUAGACAGCGACCACCUUAAAACAAGGACAACGGAGGGUUAUGGACUGAGGGAAACACUAUUCUUCCAUCUGUUUGGGAAGCUUGAGGUAUACGAUACCCGAGAAUCGAUGCACAAAGCACGUGCACAUCUCUUCUACACGAAACAUGGUGCUGUGUCUCUAGAUGGAGGGAUUUUGAGAGCAAGCGGAGUCGCCUAUCUCGGACAACGGGACCCGGAAAUAUGCUUUCCUGUGGCUUCGUGGGAUGAUCAGACGUGUAUGGAAAUCGUGAGAGACUUGCAGGCUAAGGAGGCCCAGUUACAAGAGAUUGUGGCGCUUGAGCAGGUCGUGAGGGAGAAGCAUGCCAAAGCUUUGAAGAAGUUCAACAAGAAAAGCUUGAAGAUGAGGUUACUGAAGAACUGACAAGAGUUACGUAUAGUCUAGAUGAUGGCCGUCCUAUUUUGUUGCUAUAAGUAUCUUCAGUAACGAUAUUUCGUGAAGAUCAAGCAAGGGUCAAUUAGUGUUGUUGAUUAGGUACAGUUAUUUUGAGUCCCUGUCGUUAAGUUAUUUAUGAUUAGCAUAUGUGUGCUCAAAGAGGCCAUACUGUUAGCAACAGUAUCUUUUGUAUGGUGGUGGCUAUAAGUGGGAUAAGUUAGUUUCUAUUUAUCAUCAAUCACGAUGAACAAUCACCGUCAAAAGCUUUAGUGACCAGAGGGUCUAUUUGUGACCAAAUGAAAUCGUCCCAAAGAUGUUCCUUUUCAUUGCGUCAGAGGAUCGUCACCUGAUUGAUAACACUGAUAAUACUAAGCAUAUCGCUUCAGAUAUGUUACAAUCUACUGCUGUAAGCAUACAGUACAAGCCGAAGCCUCGAAUGUUUCAUACAUCAACCGAUCAUUUCUCGUAAUGAUUUCUGAAACGUUUUCCAGUUCCAUUUGGAACUAACUACAUUUGCCGUCGGGUUGAGAAGAACACCAAGUGAUCCUGACACAAAGUAUCCUAUACUAUGGCCAUGGUAAGCCUAUACAUUUGAGCCUACUCUGAAAUCAUGAAUAUCUAGUAAAUCUAUGCAUCUGUGGGAAAUAAACCCGAGAGCACACCUGGCUUGAGGGAGCUUUUGUGGAAGUGAGGGAUGGGCGUCAACCGGACAUGAGGGAGGUUGUGGAUGCUGCUGCUUCAAAAGUUUGGUUAUCCCACCGAGCAAUCUCCAUUGGGAGACCUAAUGAAAGUGGUUCAAAUUU